AUGGUUUUAAUAUUAAUGAUACCGGUAAUUUUGGUAUUAAUUAUUGUGAGUAUGUGUUAUGGUGAAAUAAGAAUGUUUCAAGCUCCAAUCAGACAUGGAAAUCGAUAUCCUACUCAAAAAGCGUACGCUGUAAAGUUUUAUCCAAAUGAUCCUUAUAUAAAUUAUACUUGGGCGCCUUAUGGGUCUAUGAAGUUAACAAACAAAGGAAAAAUUAAUACUUACAAAUUGGGUAAACUUUUUCAAAAUAGAUAUAAAAAUUUACUUGGAACAAUUUACAAAGCUAAUGAAAUUUUUUUCGGUGCGCUUGAUUCAAAUAGAACUAUUAAUACUGCGCAGUUGAUUGCAUCAGGUAUUUAUCCAGAGUUUCGUCAGAGAAGAAACCAAAGCUCGGGUCCAAUACAAGCGUCAGUUCACGUUGAAGUUGGUGAAAAAAAUCUUUACUACCCGAUGAUUUUUUGUGAAAAUUAUUUUAUUGACAGGCAAAAAGCAGAUUUAAUAGUAGCUGGAUUAUUUGAUCGUGAAGAAUUACAAAAGUUUAGCGAUUAUUUAGCAGUUCAUACCACAGUAAAAUUUUCACCUUUUUUGCAUAGUUGGUUUCUUUAUAAUUCAUUUGUUGCUCAGGUUGAUCUCGGUCUUGAAUUAAAGCCAUGGACAGAUUCGAUCUUCCCAAAUGGAAAACUUUUGGAGAUGACUGCAUUUGAAUAUAGACUUCAGACUUAUACGAACCGAAUGAAACGUCUUGUUGGAGGAGUUUGGAUAAAAUCAUUUUUGGACCACGCUGAUAAUUUCGUUAAUCAUGUCAGCUCAGAUCAAAAAGCUAAUUUCUUCGUCGCUAGUGAAAUGCAUGUUGCUGCUAUCUUGAAUACUCUAGGAGUAUACACACCUCAUUUUCCAAGUUAUCUUAGUGCAGUAAUUUUUGAAUUACAUGAAAUAAACAGAGAAUUUUAUAUUCAGGUUGUCCAUAGGAAUGAAGAUAGAUCUUCGGUUCUAAUAAUACCAGGGUGCGACGGAGCCCUUUGUCGACUUGAACAAUUCAAAAAAGUUUUAAAGGACGUUACGCUGUAUAAUUUUGAUAAGGAUUGCGGGAACCGUGAUUUUUUUCCAAUUCUUUAG